AUGGCCAAAGACAAGGAAGAGAAGAAGGGCGGCGGCUUCCAGCUGAAGGUCCCCAAGGGCACCAAGGACUGGGAGGGCAAGGACAUGGUCAUCCGCGACAAGAUCUUCGGCACCAUCACCGACGUCUUCAAGCGCCACGGCGCCGUCACCAUUGACACGCCCGUCUUCGAGCUGAAGGAGAUUCUGGCCGGCAAGUAUGGCGAGGACAGCAAGCUCAUCUACGACCUGGCCGACCAGGGCGGCGAGCUGUGCUCCCUGCGCUACGAUCUGACCGUCCCCUUCGCCCGCUGGCUGGCCAUGAACUCGAGCGUGCAGAGCAUCAAGCGCUACCACAUCGCCAAGGUCUACCGCCGCGACCAGCCCGCCAUGACCAAGGGCCGCAUGCGUGAAUUCUACCAGUGCGAUUUCGACAUCGCCGGCACCUACGACCCCAUGCUCCCCGACGCCGAAAUCCUGCGCAUCACCACCGAGAUUUUCGACGCUCUGGGCUGGAACGGCCGCUACACCAUUAAGAUCAACCACCGCAAGAUCCUCGAUGGCAUCUUCGCCGUCUGCGGUGUCCCCACCGACAAGAUUCGUACAAUCUCGAGUGCCGUCGACAAGCUGGACAAGCAACCCUGGACCGAAGUGCGUAGGGAAAUGACCGAGGACAAGGGUCUCGACCCUGCCGUCGCGGACAAGAUUGGCGAAUUCGUGAACCUGAAGGGUGGCGAGGAUUUGCUGGCAAAGCUGCAGGCCAACGAGACGCUCACGGCUAACGAGUCGGCCAAGAAAGGCCUGGAAGACAUGGCACUCCUCUUUAACUACCUCAACAUCUUCAACGUCAUGGACAAAAUCUCCUUCGACAUGUCGCUGGCCCGCGGCCUCGACUACUACACCGGCGUCAUCUACGAAGUCAUCACCGAGGGCUCCGCGCCCGCCUCAGCGCCCGACGCAGCCCCGGCGGCGCAGAGCGCACAAAAGUCGAGCAAGAAGAAGAAGGCUGGUGCCGACGAUGAUCGGUCUGACGACCCGUCCGUCGGCGUCGGUUCCGUCGCCGCGGGCGGCCGCUACGACGAGCUGGUGGGCAUGUUCAGUGGCAAGAGCCAAAUCCCUUGUGUCGGUAUCUCCUUUGGUGUCGAGCGCAUCUUCAGCAUCACGAAGGCGCGCAUGGAGGCGGAGAAGACGGCUGCUGCGGUGCGCCUCAACGAGAUCGAUGUCUUCGUCAUGGCCUUCGGCGGCAAGGGCUUCACCGGCCUGCUGCCUGAACGCAUGGAGGUCGCCCGCACUCUGUGGGAGGCUGGUAUCAAGGCCGAAUUCAGCUGGAAGGUUAAGCCCAAGCUGCCCCAGCAGUUCAAGCAGGCUGAAACCGGCGGCGUGCCCUUCGCCAUCAUCCUUGGCGAGGAUGAACUCAAGGACGGCAAGGUCAAGAUCAAGCAAAUGGGCUUGCCGGAAGGCCACCCCGAGAAGGACGGCGUGCUCAUCGAGAAGAGUAACAUGGUCGCGGAGGUUAAGAAGAGAGUGGAUGACUUCAACGCUGCAAAUGAUAUCGCGGAGAAGGUGGGUGCGGCCAGCGUUCACUAG